UGGUUUUGAUUUGCGAUCAGCGGACGCUCGAGACUUGGCAGUGAGACAGUGAUGUGCAAAAAUUAAUUGUCGACGCAGAAUGGAAUAGAUAGAAACUUUCGUUUGUCAUGGUAAUGGUGAUCAUGGUAUUGGUGACGCUUGAGAAACAUGUAGUUGACGUCUACACCCCGUCCUGGAUCGACCCUUGCCCGGACCUGCAGCCCUUUCUGCUUCCUGAGGUUUCUUCCAAGUUAUCAAAGCUUUCUGCCAGCAAGUUCGAGGUUGACGCGCAAGUCCGGGAAAUUCUCAUAUUAUCACUGUUAGCCCUGGUCGGGCCAGCAGGCAGCUUGACAAUGAAAGUUACAAUUCGCAAACUCGGCCCCCGAGCCUUCAGUCUUCACCAGCUCAAUCAUCAUCGAAUCCAAAAGCUCCGACUGGUGUGCCAACUUGCCCGCACAACAACCCCUACGGAGUGCUUCAUCUUCACGUUGCUGUACAUCCUGGUAGGAGGAGCUUCCGCCGACUUCUUUUGGCGGGCUAUCGCUGCAUAAAGACCCAUUUCUGCAACUUGCACGAAGUUUAGGGAUUGAGAUUGACCAUGAGAAAGGCAGACACAAGUCCAAAUCGGAGUCCAUGCUUCGAAAUAAGCAUUUCCGGGGCACGGGUUAGUUUUAGACCUGGAGAAGGAGAGCGAGUCACUGGCGAUAUCAAGUGAUCAUAAGCAACUGGGACCACAUUACCUGCCGAUGUCCUCGGCCUCAGUCUCGGGGGUAGACGGGGUCGGCCCGAAGGCCUCUAUGACUUUAUGAGCGACGACGUUGUCAGCUUUAACCGCGCACUCGCGAACAAACACACCGCGUGAUCUCAAACGACUCAAAGGAGCCAAAUUGGGAUUACUCUGUCGCAUCAAGGGUGCGGGCCAAAGCUUUGGUAUUACGACGAUGCUCGAGGUGCGCUUAUUCGCCUGAGUACCCGAGCCCUUUCACUAGAUAAUUUCUUUGCGACAAUAAGCCACCCUUAUACCAGGGGGGCGCCGCCUAUAACAGCAUCAUUGCAAGAUAUGCGUGAAUAUGGCCGUGCGCCAAACUGAAGGAUGCGGUGGUCUUGACACAACGACUUACCAGCCCACGUCGGCGCAAGACUAGGAAGAGAAGCAUCUAGCCGCCUUUGACGCGCUAAGCUCUAUUACGAGCUUCAACGGGACCACGCGGUACACCUACCCGGAAGCUCCGCCAAUGCCUGCUCAGGCUGAUUUUCACGCCUCAGCUGUGGGAUAAGGAUGACUACGCCCACGCAGGCGUCAAGGGCCGCGCACCCGGACUCGCCGACCCUCCGCUGGAGGGGCUGUCAACUGCUUAGCUUAAACGCUGUGACGUAAGAGCCCGCCCGCUGGGAGACGACCAACAGUCGCUCAGUUGGGCGGAGGGAGACAAGAGGGAUCCGGGAACGCGCGCCAGAGAAUUCACUCGGAACUCACGUCGACCAAGUCGACAAAGUCGAGACGGUCGAGUCCAUAUACGACAAUGAACGAACUCUAGUGGCUGCGGCUAGAGCAAAUAUCCUAGGCACAGGUUGUCCUGCCUUGGCCGCUUAGCCGAAAAGGACAAGGUGUGAGGCGCGGGGUCAAGGUAAGGCGGCUGAAGGAUCCAGUCACCCACGAAACUCCUCCCACAUCCUGUGUACUUCCUGCAAGUCCUCAGUACCUGAUCCCUUAGGUUGAUCUCACAUAGGGCUGAGCCACGAGGUGAGGCCGAGAAAAAGAGCGAAUCACGGAGUCAAGUUCAACUUUUCAAGCCAUCACCGUCCUUCCCGACCCUCCCUCCCCUUGCUGCCCCUGUUCUUCCGAUCCCACUUUCACAUGCCCCUGUACCUUGUUUGCUCCCCGUGUGACCUGUCAACUCUGGGACCCCGCGGCUCUGUUUCCAGUUUGACGCCUUGGAAGCACCCAUCUGUUGCUCCUUUUCAGUUAUCACGAGAUGAAGAACGAGGCUGAAGCUCCUUCUCGCUUCCAAAAGACAUGAAUAGCCCUUUCCCUACCAUCACCGCUAUUCCCGCCCCCGAGGAACUGACUCACAUGCUAAGGAGGAAUCACUAGUUUUAUUGAGCCGCACAUCCAGGCCGCCACGUUUUGCCGAGUUUGUCAGCUUUCUGCUACCAGGAUCUCGGAACCUCAGCCGCUUCAACCCGACCAAGCCGAAAUUGGAGGCUGUCAUCAGCUUUCGGUAAGGAACGUGUAAGAGCUGAUACGGAAGAAUCUCGCUCAGGUGUCAUCAGCAGACCAUGAUCUCGGUAACGGACCAACGGACGAGGCGGAAUUUCAUUAAAAACUUUGCUAGCUGCCUAGAGCUGCGUGAGUAUGUCGUCCUAUGAUGAGGUCUUCGAGCUGUAGUUCUGCGUAUAAAAGGGCUGCGAGUUCGCCAGCAAUAUGGGCUUUUUGAAGACUUCGGAUCAGCACCUUGACAAGCCAACACCCUGAGAAACAUUAGAACGCCCUGUUCAAGACAUCAAGGAAAAUGACCAUCAAGUUCGCCUCUCUAAUCCUCGCCGGCCUUGGGCUCGGUAGCGGCGCUCUUGGGUCGGUUACCUUCCGCCGGGAGGAGUCCAGCUGGACCAACGACAGCCUGACGAGCGUAUUUGCGCAGCAAGCUAAAGGGCUCUUUUUGCCUCGCACAGUGAUUUCCUUCCAAGGCCAGGAGUGGUUCGAGAAUGUCACUGAGAGGUGGGAUAUUUACGCUCCUCCUACCUUUAAAGUUUCGGUCUCUCCCUCUACGGAGAAAGACGUCGAGUCGGCUGUAAAAUUGGCUGCCAAGUUCAAGAUUCCAUUCCUUGCCACCGGAGGUCGCCAUGGCUACGGAACCACGCUCGGCAAGCUAAAGAACGGCCUCAGCAUCGACCUGAGUCUGCUCAACCAGUUCUCGAUUGACUCCAAAGCUGCCACUAUAACUGUGGGUCCUGGUGUACGGUUCCGUGACAUCUUCACCCCUUUGUACGAGGCCGGUUUCCAAGUCCCAACUGGUACCUGCUCCUGUGUCGGUAUGAUCGGAGCCACGCUCGGAGGCGGCAUCGGUCGCCUGAACGGCCUGGACGGGCUGAUGAUCGACGCCCUCGAGUCGGCGAGGGUUGUCACAGCCGACGGCCGCACCCUCACCGUGUCAGAAAAGGAGAACAAGGACUUGUUCUGGGGCAUGCGCGGCGCGGGGCAAAACUUUGGCGUCGUCGUCUCAGCCACCUACAAGCUCAAGCCUCUGUACGCCGCCGGGGUGUGGACCAACGUCGACCUGAUCUUCUCGCCGGACAAGAACGCGACCUACUUUGACGUGGUGACCAGCAUGGAGGUGCCGCCGCAGCUCACCAUCGCCAGCGUCGUCACCUACAACGCCACGCUCGACGAGCCGCAGCUCAUCGCGACCCUGACCUGGACCGGCCCGCGCGACGAGGCCCUGGCCGCCAUGAAGCCCAUCCUCGACGUCGGCCCGCGGCACAGCGAGGUGACCGAGGCGACGUACGCCACGCUCCCGCGCGUCGCCACCUUUGGCACGACCGACGCCGUCUGCGCGCCGGGGCAGAUCUACGACAUCUACGGCGUGGGGCUGCGCAGGCUCGACUCGGCGGCCUGGCGCUCCACCUUUUCCAAGAUGGCGCGCUUCUACGCCGCCGAGCCGGCGGGCCGCGCCUCGUCCAUCCUCUACGAGACCUGGCCCGUGCAGGCCACGGUCGCCGUGCCCGACGACGCGACCGCCUACCCCUGGCGCGACGCCUCCACCUACGUCCUGAUCCAGAUGCGCUGGGACCGGCCCGGGAGCCCCCUCGAGAGGGCCGCGGACCGCCUGGGCGCCGAGCUGAGGAGCGACCUGUCCGCGACGGGCGGUUACCAGGGCGCCGGCCCGGCCGUCUACGUCAACUACGCCCACGGCGACGAGAGGCUCGAGGACAUCUACGGCGCACGCAAGCUGCCCCGCCUGGCGAAGCUCAAGAAGCAGUACGACCCCGGUAACGUGUUUCGCUUCCACCACGCCUUGCCGACAAAGUACCCUUGAUUGGUGGGCAGAGGGACGGCGGAGUAGUUGGCGAUCGUAAGAAGGGGACGCUUCAUUUUGUCUUUUGUCAAUGUUUUCCUGGAUCACAGAUUUCUUUUGCUCGACUCAUACGGUCAUACCCAUCUCCGAACUUGUUUUGGUAAAUGGUGCCACUUCAUUUCUCUAAGCAGGUUUGGAUUCUCCCCUGCACUUAUUCACUCUGUUACAGUCAGUACAAGGGCCAGCGACCUGUCGUUGCGACUGCGACAUUUCAUCUUUACAUUAGAUUAGAAUAAUGAGCAAUCCCCAUGGAAAUAAAUAAACGUCAAGCUCCAAACAACAA